AUGAGCGAAGGAGGGAAGAUAAGCGUGUCCAUCAAGAGCUCCCAGGGCGAGAAGCUGGUGGUGGAGGUGGAUCCGUCGGGCACCGUGCUGGAGUUCAAGCAGGUCUUGCAGGAGAAGACCAACAUCCCUCCAGAGCAGCAAAGGUUGAUCUUUGGAGGCCAUGUCCUCAAGGAUGCCAGAACGGUGGAAAGCUACGCCAUCAAGGAUGGCUUCACCGUGCAUCUCGUUCGAGGCGCGAGCAACAACAUUGCCCAACAGUCCGCCCCGCAGCCCACGCCCGCCGCUCCCUCUGCUACAACAAACCCGUUUGCGGGAAUGGGCGGCCUUGGUGGAAUGGGUGGGAUGGGAGGACUUGGCGGUCUCGGCGGCGGGGGCGAUUUGCAGCAGAUGUACUCCCAGAUGAUGCAGAACCCCCAAAUGGUUCAGCAGAUGAUGCAGAACCCGAUGGUGCAGCAGAUGAUGAACAAUCCCGAGCUUCUGCGAACGAUGAUGAUGAGCAACCCGCAGAUCCGCCAGAUCGUCGAGAACAACCCUGAGGUGGGUCACAUCCUGAACGACCCGGACACCCUUCGCCAGAUCAUGCAGGCGCAGUCCAACCCCGAGAUCAUGCGCGAGCUGCAGCGAACCACCGACCGAGCGAUGAGCAACAUCGAGGCGCACCCCGAGGGCUUCAACGCUCUUCGCAGGCUCUACACCACCAUCCAGGAGCCGCUCUACGAAGCCACCCAGUCGCAGACCCAGCAGGCCGCAGCCUCCACCAAUCCCUUUGCUAGCCUUCUCGGUGGCGGCACCACCGAGCAGCCGACCACGACGCCCAACGCGGCUCCUCUGCCCAAUCCUUGGGCCUCAGGUCUGGCAGGAGGUAUGGGCGGUCUCGGCGGUAUGGGCGGCAUGAGUGGCCUCGGUGGCAUGGGCGGCAUGGGUGGAAUGGGCGGUCUCGGUGGCAUGUCCCCCGAACAAAUGGGUGCCAUCAUGCAGAACCCGAUGGUUCAACAGAUGAUGCAGCAAAUGUUCUCCAACCCCGAGCUCGUUGAACAGAUGAUGAACUCGAACCCGAUGGUCCAGCAGAUGCUUCAAUCCAACCCACAGAUGCGCCAGAUGCUUCAGAACCCGGAAUUCUUGCGGAGGUUCUCCGACCCGCAGACCAUGCAGGCCGUGAUGCAAAUGCAACAGGCCAUGUCUCAGCUGCAGAACACUUUCGGAGGUGCUGCCGGAGGCAUGGGAGGUAUGGGUGGACUGGGCGGCUUGGGAGGUAUGGGCGGCUUGGGCGCGUUCGGCUUCCCGCCUGCCGCGCCCGCCGCAACUCCUGCGACCUCUGAUGCCCCUUCAUCGACGACCCCUGCGACCGACUCUGGCUCCGCACCACCAACCUCCACCACCGGAGGCGCCGCCCCUGCUCCCGCGAGCGGCGACCAGCCUGCGCUGAAUCCGAUGAUGCAGAUGCUGCAGCAAAUGAUGGGCGCCGGCGGCGGAUUCCCAGCAGCAAUGGCCCCGCCUGUCACCAAUCCUCAAGAGGCGUUUAGAGAGCAGUUGCAGCAGCUGAGGGACAUGGGGUUCAUCAACACGGAAGCCAACCUCGCAGCGCUGCAGGCCACCGGCGGCAACGUGAACGCUGCCGUCGAGCGUCUCCUUAACCAGCUUGGUUAA